AUGUCAAAGAAGUGGUUGAACCCCGUCUACACAGUUCAAGCUGAAGAGAAGUGGUUGAACCCUGUCUCCACAGUUCAAGCUGAAGAGAAGUGGUUGAACCCCGUCUACACGGUUCAAGCUGAAGAGAAGUGGUUGAACCCUGUCUACACAGUUCAAGUUGAAGAGAGGUUGAACCCCGUCUACGCGGUUCAAGUUGAAGAGAAGUGGUUGAACUCCGUCUACGCGGUUCAAGUUGAAGAGAAGUGGUUGAACCCCGUCUACGCGGUUCAAGCUGAAGAGAAGUGGUUGAACCUUGUCUACGCGGUUCAAUCUGAAGAGAAGUGGUUGAACCCUGACUACACAGUUCAAGUUGAAGAGAGGUUGAACCCUGUCUACACAGUUCAAGUGGAAGAGAAGUGGUUGAACUCCGUCUACGCGGUUCAAGUUAAAGAGAAGUGGUUGAACCCCGUCUACGCGGUUCAAGCUGAAGAGAAGUGGUUGAACCCCGUCUACGCGGUUCAAGCUGAAGAGAAGUGGUUGAACCCAGACUACGCAGUUCAAACAAUUCUCACAUUCUUGUUUCAACUGUCUUAA